UGCACGCGCGGGGCUGGCCGGGUAUAGGUGCGUGUUGUGGAUCUUGGUGGGGGUAUCACAGGUGUCGAGGUUGGCUGGUGGUGUGGACGGACGGUGUUGUGCCAGAGGCGUGGAGGCUCUCGCUGUGACGCUGUGACGCGGUGAGCUAACAUGCUGAUCCGGCAGGCUGCGGCUAGCAAAUCGAGUAAUCCGCCCUUUCCAGCUUGCAAUAUUUCGCCCACACCCCUCCAAACAACGAGCCUUCUCUCUGUUUGCGACUCACAAUCCUACUGCAGCGCCCGUCGCGGUAUUGCAAAAGUCUCCCAGAUUACGUGCGCUGUCAAUUCUAAUCGAACGUCCUUUUUCCGGCCAUCCGUCACAAGCUGCGCGCGAUCGCUCAGUAGUAGCGCGGGGCAUACCGGUAGCUCUUUGGCCGAGUACUUCCAAAGGCCGAUGACGACUUUGCGUGCUUUGUAACCCAUCAACCCCGAAAACCUCCUCGGUCGCUCCCCUCUUACAGUCGCAAUUUGCAGGACUCGAUUUCAAAAUUCAACUGGAUCUUCCGCGGACCCCACCUGCCC